AUGGCUCGAGCUCUUUGUGAGCUUCAAUUUGAGCCAAGCAGCAAUGCUUCGAUGAGAUCAAACGGACAAAAGAGGCAGAGAGAAGAAUUAAAGAUUGAUCGAAGUGAUUAUGAUGGUAAAGAAAAAUUAGGUAAUUUUCCAAGCUCACGAGAACUUGCUAGAUUGGAUGGGAAGACUUUAAAAAAGCUUACCAAUAAUAUUCUUGGCUACCGGGCAAAAUACAUUCUAAGUCUUGCUAAAGGUGUGGAGAGUGGAAAGAUAGGACUUGCUGAAUUUGAAGGGCUUGAUCAGGAGAAAGAUGAUGUGUUUCAGAAAUUCAUGCAAAUAAAAGGUUUUGGUUCCUUUGCAUGCGCCAAUGCUAUGAUGUGCAUUGGAUAUUAUCACAAAGUUCCAGUAGAUACUGAAACUAUAAGGCAUUUGCAGCAGGUUCAUGGGAGGAAAAAUUGCAACAAAAAUACUGUCAUGGAAGAUGUGGAAGAAAUCUAUAAGAAGUAUGCCCCAUUUCAGUGCUUGGCAUAUUGGUCGGAGCUCUUGGACUCGUAUGAAUGCAAAUUUGGGAAGCUUAGUGAAUUACCGGACUCUGCCUAUCAUACAAUAAGUGGGAGGCUUGAAUCUUUUGACACCAUUUGA